UACUUUAAAUUUCGGGCUUGGUCUGUUACACAACUGUGUCUUUCUUCAUUCUGCCCACAGCUCUUCGCCGGCGUUUUACUUAAACAAGAUUUUAACUGUUUUAUUUUAAUCAUAAGACCCCUAGAAAUGAGUGGGGACCAUUCCCACAACGAUUCCCAGAUCGACUCGGGAUCCAGAUAUAAUGAUUCUCAUAAACACAAAGAUAAAUACAAGGACAAAGAACACAAACACAAGGACCACAAGAAAGACAAAGAACGUGAGAAAUCAAAGUACAGCAACAGCGAUCACAGGGACUCCUCUGAAAAAAAGCACAAAGAUAAAGAGAGACUAAAGCUCAAAGAUGGAUCCUCAGACAAGCAGAAGGACAAACACAAAGAGAAGAAAAAGGAGGAAAGGUCUCUUGACGGCAAGCCCAAAAAAGAGAAGGAGAAUGGAUUUGCAAGUCCUUACAUUAAAUCUGAACCUGAGAAUGACUUCUACCACUCACCCAAACACGAAAAAUCCCUGAAGAGAGAGCGCGACGAUGAUGAGGCCGAGUUCAAGCCCAAAAAAAUUAAAACCGAGGAUGAUAGAAGUGAAAAGAAGGCAAAGAAAAGGAAACAGGAAGAGGAGGACGUUAAGCCCAAAAAGAAGACAAAAGACAAAAAAGGAGAAGUUGCCACAGAUGGCAAGAAAAAAGCAAAGAAGGAGCCGGAAGAGAAGUGGAAAUGGUGGGAGGAAGAGAGGUACACAGAUGGUUCAAAAUGGAGGUUUCUGGAACACAAAGGUCCUGUCUUUGCUCCACCCUACGAACCGUUACCCAGCAAAGUCAAAUUCUAUUACGAUGGGAAGCCUAUGAAGCUCAGUCCUGAUGCAGAAGAGGUGGCAACGUUUUUUGCAAAGAUGUUGGACCACGAGUACACCACCAAGGACAUAUUUCGGAAAAACUUCUUCAAAGACUGGAGGAAGGAAAUGACGUCUGAAGAGAAAUCAAAAAUCACGGACCUGAACAAGUGCGACUUCACUGAAAUGAGUGAAUAUUUCAAAGCUCAAUCCGAAGCCAGGAAGUCCAUGACUAAAGAAGAGAAACUGAAAAUUAAAGAGGAAAAUGAGCGUGUUCUUCAAGAGUAUGGGUUUUGUCUCAUGGACAAUCACAAAGAGCGCAUUGCCAACUUCCGCAUUGAGCCUCCGGGCUUGUUCCGAGGAAGAGGUGACCAUCCGAAGAUGGGCAUGCUGAAGCGUCGGAUCCGACCCGAGGAUGUUAUCGUUAACUGCAGCAAGGAUUCAAAACAUCCUAAACCACCUCCUGGAACCAAGUGGAAGGAAGUGCGUCAUGAUAACAAGGUGACGUGGCUGGUGUCCUGGACUGAGAACAUCCAAGGCUCCAUCAAAUACAUCAUGCUGAAUCCCAGCUCAAGAAUCAAGGGAGAGAAGGAUUGGCAGAAGUAUGAGACGGCCCGUCGGUUGAAGAAGUGUGUUGAACGGAUCCGCGCACAAUACAGGGAGGACUGGAAGUCCAAAGAGAUGAGGAUCAGACAGAGAGCUGUUGCUCUUUACUUCAUUGACAAGCUGGCUCUGAGAGCAGGUAAUGAGAAAGAGGAAGGAGAGACGGCUGACACGGUGGGCUGCUGCUCACUUAGAGUGGAGCAUCUAAGCCUGCAUCCGGAGAUGGAUGGGCAGGAGUAUGUGGUGGAGUUUGACUUCCUUGGUAAAGACUCAAUUAGAUACUACAACAAAGUCCCAGUGGAGAAGAGGGUUUUUAAGAAUCUCCAGCUAUUCAUGGAGGACAAGGAGCCAGAGGAUGACCUUUUCGACCGCCUCAAUACCUCCAUUUUGAACAAGCAUCUUCAGGAGUUGAUGGAUGGCCUUACGGCGAAAGUGUUCCGUACCUACAACGCCUCCAUUACGCUACAGCAGCAGCUGAAAGAGCUCACGAACUCUGAAGAGAACGUUCCUGCGAAGAUCCUCUCAUACAAUCGGGCUAACAGAGCAGUAGCCAUCCUAUGUAACCACCAGAGGGCACCACCCAAAACGUUUGAGAAGUCCAUGCAAAAUCUUCAGACAAAGAUUGACGCAAAGAAGGAACAGCUUGCAGACGCUAAAAGAGAACUGAAAAGUGCCAAGGCUGACGCCAAAGUACGCAGAGAUGAGAAAACCAAGAAGACUGUGGAGACCAAGAAGAAAGCUGUGCAGAGGGCAGAGGAACAGCUGAUGAAGUUGGAGGUACAGGCCACUGAUCGAGAGGAGAACAAACAGAUUGCCCUGGGUACCUCCAAACUCAACUACCUGGACCCGCGUAUCUCAGUAGCUUGGUGCAAGAAGUUUGAAAUUCCAAUAGAAAAGAUCUACAACAAAACGCAGCGUGAGAAAUUUGCCUGGGCUAUCGACAUGGCUGACAAAGACUUUGAAUUUUAAAUCCUGCUCGUGAUUUUAAUUCUCCCUCCACCCCAUCCUUUUUUAUUUUAUUUUUAAUAGAUACUUUUAGUCUAAGCGAUUUCCAGCAGGUGGUAAACCUGUCAAGGGAAUAGAUGUGAAGCAAGCAUUGUGUCGAGAGGGAGACCUGAAUGUCAUGAUUUGGGUGACUGAUUUAGGCUUUGACUGGUAAUCUUGUAAAUUUUGUUGGGUCGGUCUUUUAAAAACAAAUUGAAGCGUGGGGGUCCAUUACAAGGUUGUGUGGUCUUGAGCCGGGAACUGGAGAAUCAGUGGCUUGACCUUUUGAACACUUACCGUCUCGCUCUCAAUCCCCAACUUUGGACGCAGGGACUCAAGGAUGUCUGCGCUAUGAACUGUGUGGUCCUAUAGCUACUGUAUUCAUUUACAAAUUGCUUUGUGGAUCGUAUCAUUUUAGUUUUGCUGUAUUUUUAGCCCUCCUGUAUUAAUAAUGGAUUCUAUAUUUUAAUAGAAGAUUUAAAAAAAAUCAAAAUUAAGUGCACCCACACGCCUUUUUAGAUGAUGAAAUGUGUACACCAGGUGUGAUGUUUUAUGGGAAAUGCUACCAUGAAAAGCUGUGUGUUUGAGUGAGUUACAUGAACUGUUCGCUUUUAAACUGGAGUUGGAAAUCCGUGUAAACCGUAAUCGAAAGUAGGAUGCUCGGAGGGGACUACAGCUUCAAUCUUGAUUAUAUUUCCAUGAACAAGCAGAAUGUGAAUCGUUUUUUACAGCAUAUAUAUAUAUAUUAUAUAUCAGGGUCUUGUUUCCAGUGUAAAUGUGAACCGAUAUUUUUCCCUUCGUCUCCAGUAUCCUACGGAUUGUGUCUACAUAGCUUUGUGUCUCCAUCUGGUUUUAACUUAAAAAGUGUAAUGGCUGUUUUCCAUAAGAAAAAGAAACUCCUGUAUCUGUUACUUGAAGAUAUCACUCUGUUAGGACGUAUCGACAAAGAUGGAUUUUUUUUUUCUUUGAAGGGUAUGUGAGGGAAUUCAACUAUUGCCAAAAACAAGUCUGUGUUAUGAUUUUAAGCAGUUUUAUUUUGUAAUUGUGUCAAGAUUAAGGAUAAAAUAAUUUUAACAUGGACUUUAACGGAAUCUUUUCGUUUUUCCACUCCGGAAAGAAAAGUUGUUAGUGGCAGCCAUGUAACCUUUUCCAACUUAUUGAGCUCAUGCCAUAACCUCUGAUCAUGUGUUUUGUUUUGCUUUUUAUUCCUUAAUUGUAGAUUAUUUAAAAAUAAAUAAUCUUACAACGAAAA